CACACAACGGCUUCCUCUGCUUAACUGAGAAGAGGAGGAGAGGGGCCAUGGCUGCUCUCUUCAUUAGAUGCCCCCAAAUCCCAACCAUCAGAUUUAGAAUCUCCUCCAGUUUAAGCGAUGCCACCCUUAAGAGAGCGAAGGCCUCCGCCAAUAUUAGGGGCGCCGCCAAGGAUGGCGGCCGAAGUAGUCGGAGGAGGAGGAGACUGUAGGCAUCUGGGGCGGACGAUUCUCUGCCCUAUGAGAUGAGGGUGGUGAGCGCUUUGAAAUUGCUCGGAGUUUCGGAGGGCGAUGAGAUCCUUAGGGCGAAUACUUCGAUAUUGGCUGCUUGCAAAGAUGAUCAGGAGGCCUCUGCUCAGAAGCAGGCGUUCAGAUUCAUUUGUUGUGCUGCUACUAAAGCUAGGGACAAUGGCUCUCCUAUCAUGACCCCCAAAGCCUGUCGAAUUGGAGAGGUUAGAAGGGUGACAAAGGAAACAAAUGUGCAUGUGAAAAUAAAUUUGGAUGGAUCAGGGUUUGCAGAUAACAAUACUGGUAUCCCAUUCCUAGAUCAUAUGCUGGAUCAACUAGCAUCACAUGGACCAUUCGAUGUGUGCGUCAAGGCUCAAGGGGACAUCCAUAUUGAUGAUCAUCAUACAAAUGAAGAUGUGGCUCUUGCCAUUGGAACAGAUUUGUCAGGGAGACCUCACUUGAGUUAUGAUUUAUCCAUCCCUACAGAAAGAGUUGGGACAUAUGACACUCAGCUGGUGGAGCACUUCUUUCAGUUGAUGGCCAAUACAUCAGGGAUGACGCUUCACAUACGGCAGCUCUCUGGGAAAAACUCACACCAUAUAAUUGAGGCAACUUUUAAGGCCUUUGCACGAGCCCUCUGGCAGGCCACAGAGUAUGAUGUUCGUCGGAAAGGAAGCAUUCCUAGUUCCAAAGGGGUAUUAUCUCGCUUCUGAAAUCUCUAUCCGGUGAUUGAUAGUGCAUGCAAUAGUGGACAUGAGAUUUGGUCUCCUCUCCCCAUUUCAGAAGUUCUUUGGUCGGCUUAACAUAAUAUUGAGGUGGAGAAGCCAGAGAAUAUCGAACAAGAAGAUUUAUGAGGAGAACUUUGGUCAUUAGGGUUCUAAGAAUUUUUGUCAUUGUACUCGAAGUAGUUUGAUCAGUUCGACCUAUGUUUAUUGGCCACUUGGACCAAAUUGGCGUUGUAUAUAUUAUAAGGGUUCUGAGUGAUGUUCUAAUUUAACGUCUGUUUAAUUCUCAAAGAAUUUUGGUGAGAAGUCUUGUAUUUGACCCCAAGAAUUUAAAAAAUCUUCAACCCUUGCU